GGCAGCGGGACUGUCGUAAAGUGUGACGGUCCCGGAGACACGGUCAACAGAUUCCUCCACCACUAUUACUUAUUUUAGUGUUUCCUGAGAUGGGACCUCUUUUAGGUUAGAUUCUGAAGGUGACAGUGCAGAUCUAUGGAAGAUGGUUGAGCGGAAGCUGCUGGUGUUGUUUGGUAGUCAGACUGGCACAGCACAGGAUGUGGCUGAGCGGAUCGGAAGGGAAGGAGUACGGCGACACUUCAAAUGCAGAGUGAUGCCAUUGGAUAGUUAUACAAUUGCUGAGCUGAUCCAGGAGCCCUUGGUGGUGUUUGUGUGCUCCACCACAGGUCAGGGUGAACCUCCAGACAACAUGAAGAAAUUUUGGCGAUUUAUCUUUCGAAGGAACCUUCCUGCAAACUCCCUUUCCCUGAUGGAUUGUGCUGUCCUGGGUCUUGGAGAUUCCUCCUAUCCAAAGUUUAACUUUGUUGCCAAGAAGCUAAGUAAGCGUUUGAUUCAGCUGGGAUGCAAUGGAUUGCUGCCUGUUGGAUUGGGCGAUGAUCAGCAUGACCUGGGACCUGAUGCUGUAAUUGAUCCCUGGUUAAAGCAGUUCUGGGAGCAAGCCUUGGAUCUCUACCCUCUGCCACCAGGGUUAAACGUGCUUGGUGAUGAUAUCAUAUUGCCAUCGAAAUACAGCUUUCAGUUUGAGGAUGAUGUAACCGGUGGUGUCUCAGUGGAACCAUAUGACAAAAAUGCACAAGCUAAAUUCCCACCCUCUCAGCUCCACCCAUUUCCUGCUCAGAUGAUCUCAAAUGAAAGGGUCACAGAUGAAAACCACUUCCAGGACGUUCGGCUCAUCACCUUCGAUAUCACUGGCUCUGGCAUUGAAUACUCUGCAGGAGACGUGGCCAUGAUUGAACCUCGAAACUCACCAGAAAGUGUUGAGCAGUUCUGUCAGCUCCUUCGACUCGACCCAAACAAAACAUUUCUACUGAAGCCCAACGAUUCAGCAAUCCCACUUCCUGCUCGAUUGCCACAGCCCUGUACUGUCAAGUACCUGCUGGAGCGUUACCUGGAUAUUAACUGCGUCCCACGACGUUCCUUCUUUGAUCUCUUGUCAUACUUUUCUCCUGAUGAGAUGGAGCGGGAAAAACUAAAGGAAUUCAGCUCAGCUGAGGGCCAGGACGAGUUGUAUAGCUACUGCAACAGGCUUCGCAGGACCACCUUGGAGAUACUGUAUGACUUUCCUCAUACCACCUCAGCCAUUCCAGCCGACUAUCUCUUUGACCUCAUUCCUGAAAUUCGACCUCGGGCAUUCUCCAUUGCUUCUUCGCAGCUGGCUUAUCCCAGUCAGAUUCAGAUUCUGAUGGCUGUUGUUCGGUACAGGACCAAGUUGAAGAAGCCUCGUUGUGGCCUUUGUUCCAGUUGGCUAGGAUCCCAGAAUCCACAGCAGAAUGCUGUUUAUGUGCCAUUAUGGGUGAAGAAGGGGAUGCUGCAAUUUCCCACAGAUACCAAAACCCCCGUAAUUAUGGUUGGACCGGGCACAGGAGUGGCGCCAUUCCGAGCAGUAAUCCAGGAACGUGUUGUGGAAGGAAAGAAAGGUAAUUACCUAUUUUUUGGCUGCCGAGGGAAGUCCAAGGAUUUCUUCUGCCGAGCAGAGUGGGAGGAGCUGAACCAGAAGGGCUUACUGACCCUAAUCACAGCCUUCUCCCGGGACCAGGAGGAUAAGAUCUAUGUCCAACACCGGAUAAAGGAGAAUGGAUCUCUGAUAUGGAAGCUUAUUCAGAAUGAACAGGCAUAUUUCUACAUAGCGGGAAACGCUAAGAUGAUGCCAACACAGGUCACAGAUUCCCUAAAGUCUAUUUUCCAGUCAGAAGGUGGCCUCUCAGAACCUGAGUCUGAGCAGCUUCUCGUGGAACUGGAACGAUGUGGCCGAUUCCAGACGGAGACCUGGUCCUGACCAUCUCAGGAAGUAGCGGGUGAAACCAGCAAUGUGCCACUUAGACCAAGCUUGGAGUCCAAGCAACACAUUCUGUCCUCCUGAAAUAAGGAGACAGUAAGUGCAGUCCGAUUGCAUCGAUUGUAACUCUGAGUUGGUUCCCAAACCAACCACCAACCCCUCUCCACCCCCACCCCCCGCCCCCCAUUCUCUCUAUCACUAAGGAACUGAAAAGAAAGUGAUUGUAUUGUGUUGUAAUUUAUCAUUCACAAGAUUGUUUCAGUAAUCACUGAUUACUCACUCAACUAUAAGGAUUCUGAAGGUUCCAAAUAAAAUGGAGAUAUAUACCACUGAACUGGAAAUUGAAUAACCUUGUAUGUAAUAUUAAUGCUGAUCGUGAUGGUAAACUUGAAGGCCACAUCUUCAAGAAGCUCCUCCAUGUUUCUGCUAAUGGAACGCCAGAUGUUCAGGGAAAGCUUCCAAAUGGACUGUGGUUUAGCUGUGAUAUUUGUCCCUACACAGCUUCCAUAAUGGAGGCUGGAGAUGCAGAGCAAUGAAAAGCUGGAGCUGUGAACCUUGUGUUUGUUCCUGGAAGUGCACACUCCUUAUUUCAGGCUAUCCUCACCCCACCCUCAACCAAAGUCAAACAUUGCUCACUUUCUCCAAGCAGCUACAACAGUGACACACUGUUCCAGAGCCGGCAAGCUGCUCUACCCCAGCUGAACUGUCUUCAGUGUAAAAUCCCUGUAUUGGAGAAGGGAAAAGACUAAGCAACUGGAGAAUAUCACCAUCCCGAGGUGACUGGCUCAAAGACAGCCUGGACGCUGAGCUGGAGACUAGGUUAAUGGCUGCUCUUAGAGAUCAGAAGACCAUGAUAACUGAAUACUGGAUCAAUACAAUACAAUAGAAAGCAAGAAUAAGUUAGCCAGUAAUGACACACCAGCAAAUAGGGCGAUGAAGAUACAAUUGAACCUAAAGAAAGGGAUACACACUAGGUACAUAGACACUAAAGACAUUGAUAACUAAAGGGAAUAUGAAAAGAUUAGGCAGUAAGUCCAAAAGAAAGCCAGGAAGAAACUACAAAAUUAAAUUAAUGAGGAAUAUAAAAAGAAAAACUAAGAUAUUCUAAAAAGACACCGAAUAACAAGUAAAAUCACGAUGAGGAUAUAGGACACACAUGAGAAACUCUUAAAUAAUGAUAAAAUAGCAGGAAGAAUUAAUUAUGGAUGUUACAGUCAUAGGGUCAUACAGUGUGGAAACAAACUCUUCAGUCCAACAAAUUCACACCAAUAAUGUUCCCAAGCCAAACUAGUCCUACUUGCCUGUAUUUGGUCCAUAUCCCUCCAAACCUUUCCUAUUCAUUUACUUAUCCAAAUGUCUUUUAAAUAUUGUAACUAUAUUUGCAGCUACCAUUUCCUGUAGCAGUUCACAGACAAAAUUAUUUUGUGUAAAAAAAAUUGCCUCUCGUGUCCUUUUCACAGCUUUCUCCUCUCAUCUUAAAAAUACGUCCCCUAAUUUUGAAAUCCCCCCACUGCACAGAAAAGACCCUUGCUAUUCACCUUAUCUAUGCCCCUCAUGAAUUUAUAAACCUCAAUAAGGCCAUCCCUCAAUCUACAAUGCUCCAGUGAUGAAGGUCCCAGCCUAUCCAGCCUCUCCUUAUAACUCAAACCCCUGAUAACAAAUAAUGACAUUUGAUGUUUACAGAGUUGACAGGCAUGACAUUAGAAUUUUAAAAAUGUAAAAUAAUCCAAAGGGAAAAAUCAACAAACAAUGGAAAACCAAUGGAGCACAGAAUGUGAGUAUUGCCAUAAGAAAAGAAACAUGCUGUCAAAAGCUUUUUGUGUUGCAUUCAGGAGAGAUGGAGGAAUACCUAAUCUCAAAGUGAACAACAAGUUAUACUGUAUGAGAAGAGGAUACUUGUGAAAUGAUUGGUACCUGGACUCUGGUUGGCUGAGGUGUUGCCAUGGAGAAUGCAGUUGUUAAAUUGGGGAUAUUGUUGACCCCAGGGUUUCAUAAAGGGAUUAGAUUAGAUUAGAUUUACAGUGUGGAAACAGGCCCUUCGGCCCAACAAGUCCACACCGACCCGCCGAAGCGCAACCCACCCAUACCCCUUACCUAACACUACGGGGAAUUUAGCAUGGCCAAUUCACCUGACCCGCACAUCUUUGGACUGUGGGAGGAAACCGGAGCACCCGGAGGAAACCCACGCAGACACGGGGAGAAUGUGCAAACUCCACACAGUCAGUCGCCUGAGGCGGGAAUUGAACCCAGGUCCCUGGCGCUGUGAGGCAGCAGUGCUAACCACUGUGCCACCGUGCUGCCCUAAAUUCAAAACAGGCAAGUUGAUUCUGAUUGGUUGAGGCCCUCGGGAAAUGUAAAAGGACACAGUUGCCUCUCAGGCUUUUGUUCAAUUGAAUGCCUGAACUUGUUAUUUUUGUUUGCAGAGGAGAGGACAGUGUGGUUGAAUAAAUAUGGUAGCUAAUAUGUGGAAUUGAGUUGUUCUGUGAACCAAAACUGAUUAUCCUAAUUUGGCUGUUGGUGUAAUUCUGAGUGCAUUUGGGAUUGUUGGGUAAGUGAUGUUCAGACAUGGAAUCACACCUGAUGAAAGACUCCAUGUUCUUAGAUUUGGAAGCAUAAAUUGAUUGAGUACAAUCCGUUGCAAAUCGACUUUGUGUUGGAUGUGAGCCAUUAGUCACUGGGGCUUGUGGCCUAUAUACCUGGCAUCACACUGCCACUGAAAUGCAUAUGCCAUAUUACUCAUUGUGAUUCCAUGAGUUGACUACUGGACAUUCUUGAUGCAAUUCCUUUAAUUUUUGUGAAUCACUAUAA